AUUUGAAAUGUAUGACCUUGGGUGCUAAUAGAUGGCAUGUUGUAACAAUAAAGGCGCUAUUAAUAAGUGCCAAAAGAUUUGUGGAUGGGUUCCUGUAGUGUUUAUACUUUUAGUUCUCGGGUGGUCGUAUUAUGCUUAUGUGUAUUCACUUUGUAUAGGUAACUCGUCUAAGCUAUAUUUCACUACUUUAAUUUAGUACAGGUUGAUUAUGUGGCAGAAAAAGGUAAUUUAAUACUCUGAGUUCUACUUUUAGUGUUUUUUCUGAUAUUUUUCCACUUGUUCCUGAUAUUGUUUUGUUGGUCAUACAUGAAGGCUAUCCUAGUACCUCCUAUUCAGCCUCCGAAACAGUUCCACCUAACAAGUAGUGAAUGGGAUUCAUUGAAUGCUGCUACUGGGAAAGAAUCUGAACAAAAUGCAAUAUUAGAAGCCAUAAUAGCAGAACGAAACCUGCCAGUCUAUCUUUCCGGUUCAGAUGGGAAGAUCCGUGUGUGCAACGUAUGUGCCAUAAUAAAACCCGAUCGUUCACAUCACUGUUCUACCUGUGGAGUAUGCUUAUUAAAAAUGGAUCAUCAUUGUCCAUGGACGAAUAAUUGUAUUGGAUUUCAUAAUCACAAAUUCUUUAUUGUCUUUCUAUCAUGGGGUGUGGUGUACUGUUUUUUUAUUAUUUGUACUUCUGCGUCGUAUUUUGCAGAAUUUUGGAGAUGUCCAAAUAAUAUAUCAGUUGAUCGAUUUCAAGUGUUAUUCCUUUUUAUUGUGGCUGCUAUGUUUGGUCUUUGUCAACUUGGCUUAGCUUCAUAUCAUAUGUAUUUAGUUGGAAUAAAUCUAUCAACUUUAGAAACUUUUCACUAUCCAAGAUUACGUGGCGGUCAACCUGAUAAGACUCUAUUCAAUUUGGGGAUAAAAGAAAAUUUCCGUGAAACUUUUGGAUCUUGUUUUCAAUUAGCUAUACUACCAGUAUUCACUACUCUUGGAGAUGGUGUAAAUUGGCGUUAUCGAAUGGAUCAUUAUUUACAAAAUAAUAAUUUAGAAGUUGGUAAUACAAAUCCAUCUAUGCUGUUGACAUCAAAAAUACCACAAAACAAUAAUCGGGAAGAGUAAAUAAACAAAGUAAUUUUUUAAUAUAAUACUGCUGAAAAAAGUGUAACUUUGUUAUACCUAGUUGUUUUUUUUUGUGUGUCUUUAUUUUUCUUUUUACCUAUAAACUCUCACUGUGAAUUAGAUUGUAUUAAUAACUAAGGUCUGUUGCAUUAUUUUAACUUCUUGGAAAUAAUUGUUCUGUCUUUUUUUUUAAAAAAAUCUCAUACUCUAUUUUAUUCAUUAUCAUUCUACAUCAAAAUCAUUGUCAAUGUUAUCUAACCAAUCAAUUAUUUUAUUCAUUGCACAUAUUUUCUGUAUCUUCUUGUUUUGAAUUAAUUUCUUCAUUAAUCUGCUGAUGUCACGUCUAGUACAGAUGGAUUAUUGUUGGCUUCAGCUUUGUUUUUCUUUUUGUACACAUUCAUAUUUUUAUGAGAAUAAACAUUUAUUUAACAACUGAUAAAAGAUCCUAUGUGCCUAAAUUAUUAUUAUUAUAAACUAUUUUGGCUCAUAUAAAUUAAUUUACUAUUCCGUAAGAAGUAAUUAAAUAUAUAUAAUACUAUAUCUCUAUUUGGCUUUCUUACAAGGAUUGUUUAUGUUAGUUGGGUUUUUUUGUUUAGAUUUCUUACUUUCGAUCAUUAGCUUACUGGACUCUUAUCAUUUUUUAUCUCUUU